AUGGCAGGAAAAGAGUCCGGCAGCCAUGGGGCAAACGACAGUUUGUCGCCGGCUCAGCGACUGAAGCACUUUAACGGGAUGCUUGUUUUCAUCAUGAUAUACUUGGCAUUUUGCGCCUUCAACUUUGGCUUCGAUGUCGGAACGUUUGGUGGCGUCCAAGCUAUGCACAGCUUCACCAGCAUGUUUGGCGAGUGCGACGACAAGAACGUUUGUGCUCUUCCUGGAUGGCUUUCUUCAGUCAUGACAGCUACACCUUUUCUCGGCAAAGCAGCGGGUUGCAUCGCCUGUGGUUGGAUUGCUGAGAAAUGGGGACGUCGAGCCGCCAUUCUCGGCAUCUGCCUUGUCUCUUUUGUCGGAGUUGCUCUUCAGACGAGCGCCACUACAGCAGCCCAGUUCACCAUUGGCCGAAUCAUCACAUUCGGCAUGACGGGCAUGGCCAUCGUCGUGAUUCCAAUCUACUCGGCCGAAGUCUCCCCCAAGGUUCUUCGUGGAAUGUUUGCUUCGACAAUCCAGGUCAUGAUCAUCUUUGGUCAGGUCAUCUCAACGCUCGUCACCUACGGCACCAAGAGCAUGCAGAGCGCCUCAGGGUGGCGUAUCCCCAUUGGUCUUCAGCUUCUAGUGCCCGCCAUCAUCUUCUGCCUCUUGCCCUUCUUGCCAGAGUCACCUCGCUGGCUGUUGAGCAGGAACAGAAGGGAUUUGGCCGUGGUGAGCAUGAAGAAGCUGAGAAAGUCUGCUACCGAUGAGGAUAUCCAAACUGAGAUUGAGGCAUUGGCUUAUGCGCACGCUCAUGAAGAAAAGGGCACCUGGGGAGAGGUAUUUGAUAAGAGCAACCGCGUUCGAACUGGCGUUGCCGUCCUGGCCAUGUUUGGCCAACAGAUCACAGGCCAGGCGUUCCCAUCCCAGUAUGGCGUCAUCUUCUACCAGUCUCAGGGUUACGGUGAUCGCUCGUUCCUGUUCAAUGUCAUUUCCAACAUCAUUGGCAUGUUUGGUGUCAUUCUCACCUGGUUCUACAUCGAUACCACGGGACGCCGGCCGGUCAUCAUGGUCGGUGGUUUCCUGAUGGGAGUGUUCCUCAUGAUCCUGGGAGGCGUGGGAUCCAUCGACGCGAAGAGCAUCAACCACCAUGAAAAGGAACUCAUGGUGUCUUCUCUUAUGCUCUUUCAAUUCUUUUACAGUCUGUCGUGGGCUCCAUGUUCAUAUGUUGUCCUCUCAGAAACGGCCGCGCUUCGUCUCAAGGAAAAGACCAACCUCUUUGCGAGCGUCAUCUCUGUGCUGACAACCUUUGUCACCUCAUUUACCAUGCCAUAUCUCAUCAACGCCAAAUAUGCAAACCUUGGUGGAAAGGUCGGCUUCAUCUAUGGAUCCAUCAACUUUAUCAUGGUGGUGGCAACCUUCUUCUUCAUCCCUGAGCUCAAGAGCAGGACCUUGGAGGAGGUGGAUCAGCUCUUUGCCAGCGGAGCGCCGUUGAGAAAGUUUAGUGCGAUCAGUACCAAGUCUGCCACAGAGAUGUAUGAGGAGGAGGUUAAGCAGGGUGGUGCUGAGGUGAAUGAGAGGGUUGACAAAGUGGAAGUGGCCUAA